ACUCCACUCUGCGUCCCAGCUUACAAGGAGAAGAUGAAGGAGCUGUCGGUGCUGUCGCUCAUCUGCUCCUGCUUCUACUCACAGCCACACCCCAACACCAUCUACCAGUAUGGCGACAUGGAAGUGAAGCAGCUGGACAAGAGGGCCUCUGGCCAGAGCUUUGAGGUCAUCCUCAAGUCCCCUUCUGACCUGUCCCCGGAGAGCCCCAUGCUCUCCUCCCCGCCCAAGAGGAAGGACACCUCCCUGGAGGAGCUGCAGAAGCGGAUGGAGGCAGCCGAGGAACGGAGGAAGACGCAGGAGGCGCAGGUGCGGAGACAGCUGGCCGGGCGCCGCGAGCACGAGCGCGGGGUGCUGCACAAGGCGCUGCAGGAGAGCAGCAACUUCAGCCGCCUGGCGGAGGAGAAGCUCAACCACAAGAUGGAGCUCAGCAAGGAGAUCCGCGAGGCGCACCUGGCGGCGCUGCGCGAGCGGCUGCGCGAGAAGGAGCUGCAUGCGGCCGAGGUACGCAGGAAUAAGGAGCAGCGGGAGGAGAUUUCCGGCUAAAGGACUUUGGACACCGAGGCACCAGGAUCCUGAGACCAGACAUCAACACAUUAGGGUUUUGUUUUUGUUUUGUUCAACUGUGUCUAGACGCGACUUCUGCCCCUGCUCCCUCCCUCUCCCCCUGCCCUCCCAGCUUUAUGCUUCUCCUUCUGAGCUCUGACCACCCAGUCCUCAUGGCCAGUCACUGACCACAGCCUGUCCCUGGAGGAGCCGCAGGGCACGGCACACAGUCCCUCAGUUAAGGCACCAGGCCAGGCAGCGGCUGGAUCCCCUUGGCUGUCCUCUUCGUGGAUGGGGUGACUGCAUCGGCGAAUCGGUGGUGGUAGUGGCAGGAACAUGGGCUUACACCGGGUCAUCUUGUGAGCGCCUUGUCGCUGAGGGUGUGUCAUCUGCGCCACCUCCCUGUCAAAGGCGGCACCACCGCCAUGCCCUCCGUGGGAGAGGGGCUUGGUAUAGAGGAAGGGACAGAGGAUGCAGAAAGUGAGAUGGGGCAGAGCCCUUGCCCCCUCCUGUCACUGGGGCUGUCACUGAGGCCGGCCCUGGGAGCUGUGUGCAGUGGGGCACUUGGAACUGCUGGGUAGGGGCUGUGGCACCUUUAUGUGGGUGCACAGGGGUCAUCAUCUGAGACCACCUGGCCUGUGGUGGGCACCCCAGGCUGGCCUAGGACCUGUGGUCACUGCCUGUGGCUGGAGUGGUGGGGUGGGAUGUGACCUGAGUUCAGGGGAGUGGGCAUUCUUCACCAGGGAUCUGUGGGCAAGCUGCUGUGGUCCAAGGGUCACAGGCAGCACGGACACCUCCUUGCUCUCCUUCCAGAAGUGCCCUCCUCUCAAAAGCCUUUUGCCCAGCACCUACGUGGGAAAAGUUCCCCUCCUGCUGUCCUUCCCUGCCGCACCUUCAGAUACCCUUGGAGGACCCUGUCCUUAGAGCCCUCUGGAGCCCUGGCCUCUUCCUGGGCCCCUUGAUCUGGUAGACAGAUGCUCCGUGAUGCUCCUGGCUGCAGGAUGGUCAGGCUCGCCUCUGGACAGGCGUGCCAGUUGGGAGUGGCAGCCACAGUGCCCCUUAGGGAACCCCAAGCAGACAGCAGGGGGUAGGGGGCCAGCUGCCUAUAGACUUGGAUGUGGGGCUCAAGGGACAGGACCCCAAAACACCGCCCUGCCUGGCCCGUUCUUGGCAUUCCUGGCCAGUGGCCCUAACGGCCAGCCUGCAGGUUGGAGGCCUGCCUCUAGGCCUUCAUGCCAAGCCCCUCCUGGAGUGGGUUUCUUCCCCUCCUUCAGCCCAGAGGAUCUCCAGAUCUUCCAGCGCUGGCUUUUGAGGACUUCCACCUGUGUGGACAGGGAGCCACCCAAAGUCCAGUCUUUGUGCCCUUGCAGCGUCCUCCCCUUCUCCAUGGCAACCCCAUUCAUGGUGGGUACUGGGGACAGGAUCCUUGCUGACAUCCUCUUGGUGGAAAGUGUGAGGGGACAGGACCUAGAGCCAGCAGCUCAGAAACCAGGUGGUUGCAGCCCCCAGUGCCCCUGGCUUCCACCCUACAGAGACUGAUGGGGUCGCUGCGGUGGUCUCCCGGGGUCAAGCCAGGGAGCAUGGGUGGAUGCUGGUCUCUUGCAGUGGGCUUGGAGGAUGUGAGGACCCAUGGCCCCCUCCCCGUCCCCACCAAGACAGCUUCCAAGGGACGACAAGCCAGGAUCAGAGCCAGUGGUGCCCACAUGCAGCUUUUGUGGGGCUCAGGGAGGGAAGCAGAAGGGGAACUGUUAGCCAUGGCAGCCCCCUCAGCAGAGCCCCGUGUGACGUGCGCCCAUCUCACCCACCUAGUGAAAGUGAACUUAAAAUUAAAUCAGAGGAACGAUUAAAGAACAAAACCUGCAUCGGAGGCAUGGUUGAACUGUC